AUCUUUAUGUUUCAAACAAAAGAAUCUGGAAUACUGGCAGGCUUUAUAAUGGCUUCUAGAAGCUUAAAUAUUACAAUCACUGAUAUUUUAUCCUCUUCUGGAAGAAUAUUGUGAUGCUGGUUUCUUAAAGCUCAUCUGACUGCACAUGUUUGCAAGACUGACUUUGAGGAGCUGAUAAAAUUAGUUUGUCUUUGCCUUCCUUAACAUUUACUAAGAGUUAGCAACUAAUGAUUAUCAAAGACACUCAAAGUACUUCUGAAGUACUGAAGUUGAUAUAGUUGAAUAUUGGACAGAUACUGACUAAUGCUUAAGGCUACUCUGCUAACUUUACUCUCAGGCAUUUAGCUGCUAGAAAUCCAACUGUGAGAAUUUCUGCAAAGAAUUAUGUACUAGUGGUUAUCUGACUCGUACUCUUUGCGUUGACUUGCCAUGAGAUAUGCGUUACAUUUGUUGCAUUGCAUCAAAGUUAUUUAUGUAUUAUUCCAUUUGUUAGUGCCCUUAUUGGUUAAUUUAUUUCCCUUGUGAAGUGACCAGGAAUAGAGAUUUAUAUCAGCAUUUUUAUCAGAAACGUGACUGGAAGAGCAGCUUAUUCAACAGGAAUUAUUUCCUACACACAGGAACCGUCUAAGCCCUUCAGUCUCUUGUUACAUCUCUAUUCAGUGACAUAAAAUAAAGGGAUAUGAGUGAUUAGGUUGUACUAAUAAAAAACUUCAUAUGCCAUGUAAAAAUAACAUCUUGAAAACUGUUAAGAGUAAAUGUUAAUUUUAACAGUGGCUUCUAAGAUAGCGAACAGGAUUGUGAAGUUGAUGACUGAUCAGUGCAGUCUGGACAUCACAGCAGAUGUCAGCUCUAGGGCAGUUUUGAACGCAUUCAGGAUCACGUAAGAGACUUGAAGGUGCUCAUGUUUAAUAACAGGGGUACAGGUAUUAGGUACGGCAGCAAUUAAAUUACCUAGUUUGGUCUGUGCCUUAAUUUAUAAAUGGGUAAGGAAAAUCAACAGCUGUUAUCUUGUAUUGUUAUGCAGGUUAAAUCUUUUUUUAAUUACCAUUAAAAUAUAUGUAUUGCCUGUGUCUGGUAUGCUGCCUUUGAGGUUUGGUUAUAAGCUGGAUGCAACAGCCAUUUCAUUAAGCUUAUGUUGUAUUAUAUUGAUGUGGUCCUUCUCCAGCCUAAUGAACAUGUUACUUGCAGAAUCUCUCUCGCAGCAUCACAAUAAAUUUACUGAGCUAGAGUUUGUAUAAAGCUGCAAACCAGUUGCAGUUCUUCCUUCAGUAUGGCGUAUGCUGAAGCUAUCCCAUUGCUAUCUCAUGUUCCCAUGUGUAUUAUUUUACUGGUAUCAAAAGGAACUGUACCAGUAUUUUUCUGUUGUACAUAAUCUGUUGCCAGCUAAAGAAAAAAGUGUGAUGCUGUCCUGGCUUGUUAGCCAAGACAAAAAAGCACCAGCUAUUAUCUUAAUGAACUUCCAGGCCAACAGACACCUGCUAAUAAGCUCAGUACAUUCAGAGGCUUAAUAAUGUUAGUGAGAACAGUUGUUUCCAUACUGGUGUUACGGAAGCAUGUUGGUGUGGUAAUGUCCCUGAGAUCUGUCCUUACUGCUCAUAAAGGAAAUUGCAAGCAUGAAAAUGCUUUCAGCUUCAUUUCUCAGCAGCAGGCAUAUUAAUUUCACUUGGAAUCUGCUUUAUUCAUUAAUAUUUAAAUGCUAUACAAAAAUGGUGUUUUGUUUUUGUCCUAUUUGUCUGUAGUACAAAGAUAAAUUUACCAUCAGAACAGAAGCCUGGAGAUAAAGUAUUCACUUUAGCCUGUGUGUGUGAUCUAAGCACUAUGACAAAAAAACCUUGAUGGGGUUUUCAGAGGCAGAAAGCCACUGCAAGUUCAUGUUCAUGAAUGCAUUUUUAGCUUAAGAGGAGCUUAGGCUUUAAGUCCCAAUAGCAAUUUACUUGGAAACAGCAACACACUGUUUGUGGCUCUACAUCAAUCUGAUGUGAGUUAUCCGUAACCUUCCUCCCCUAUAUCUCGCUGCUGGUAGUAAUCCCAUUAGAUGAUUACAUCUGGUGUCCUCAACAGAUGGAUUUAGACAAUAUACUCCAGGUAGUUUAAUCGCCUGUGUGGUUGUUUUUAUAACCAGAGACUCUUGUAGCUACAGCUUUGCCUUAACUGGAGUGGAUCUAUGUCCCGUUACCAGGUUCUAUCACUUGUGCACACAAGCACCUUGUUAUUUAGUUAAAACUAUGGGAAUUGAGAUGUUUUAAGGCUUUUCUUUUCCUGUACUUGCAGGCUGUGUUGUCCAGGAUGGUGAGCUCUAUGUGUUUGUACAGAAACUCUAAACUGGCCUGUUUCUACCUCUUCUGAGGAUCAAAGGAAAAGCACUAAAAAUUUUGUGUUGGGACAGUGGUGUAAGAACACCUUUUCAAAGAUUCACUGAGAUAAAGUACACAAAGUGUUGAGCUGCAUUGUAUUGCUCAGGUUUUGCCUGCUAACCUUACUGCUGAAGCAUGGAAAAAGCAACAACUAGAAAAGCAUUAUUUUGUAACACGUUGCCAUCGUCAUGUCACCCAAGUCAUGGUCUGAUUUAAUCUUACUGCCUGAGAGGUCACUAAAUGCAUAAUAUAAAAACUGUGAUUCUUUCCUUUUUGGAAAGAGCCUGCUUAUACAAAAUGCUGAGGGCAUGAUGACCAACGUUUACACUGGUGUAAUGAACAGUGGGGCCAAUGAUGAAGAUGACAUCCAUUCCACAUCUGUCAUUUGGAGAUCAUCUCAUUGACACCUGCAAAAAAAAAGAAGGUAUAAAGAGUAAGUUUAGUUCCUCGUAGACUUUGCCUGAGUGACAACUGUCAGAACAAAUUGGUCACUGUGACAAAGCAGGACAGCAGACAAGCUCUUGUAGCCUCUCCUUGGCCUUGCCGUUUUUUGUACCUAUGGAUAGGGUGUGCCUCAUGGCAGUCUGCGGACCCAUGUCCAUCACAGCACUUCUCAGGUCCCCUCCUGCCUGCUUUGCAGUAGUUAUGCCAGUCUUUAACUAGCAUGGCUAUGCCUUGAUGCCCCAGGCACACUAUUCUGAUCUGAACAAGUCCCUGUUUCAGUGGGAUCAAGGUAAAGGCUGUGUGUGUGCUCCUAGUUCAUGAUGUUCGAUGGUUGAGUGGAACUGGAGAAAUCAGAGAUGCUGGGCUUGGCCAGGAGGAGUUCCAGACUCAUCCAUCUCAUAACUCCUCCACUCAUAACUCAUGAGAAUGUUCCAGUUUUGCUUCUGAAGAAGCAUAUUACCAAGUUGUCUCCUGUCCUCUGUUCCCAUUUCAUUGAGCUUCCUGCUCUAUGGUUGUCUCUCAGCAUGAAGACAUCAGUGCGAUGGGAGAGCUGCUUUUGAAGAAGCCUAGGAUAAGACUCAGUUUUGGUGUAUGAACUGGUGCAUUGUACUCAGUUCAGGUUUUUCAUACUUGCUCUGUAGUGAGUUCUUCAGAGCUCGUUUUUCCUCAGACACCUUCAACUUUCAGUUGUUUCUGAAGUACCAUCAUGUUAAUUAACCACUGAGCCAAUGGCAUUGCUUUAAUCUGCACCGCUUCUUAGCCUCGUGCUUGAUGAUGAAAGACGCAAAGAAAUAGUUGAGGCUGCCUAAAAAAGAAACCCUGUUGAAGGUAAAUAACUUAGCUUAUGUGUUUGUUAACCAAAGUGCUUCUUAGAAGCAAUGAGAUUAAGUGGAUCAGCUGGUGUGCUGUGCCUAGUGGAAAGAAGCUUAAAUUAAGAGGAGCAGAGAAUUUGUGCCUCAGUACUGAAGGAAGAUGGACUCCACAGAAGACCCUGACUAUCCUCAGAUCAUCUUUCAGUACAGCAAUGGAUUCUUAGUCUCAAAGGUUAUGUUCACUGCCUGUGAAUUAGGAGUGUUUGAUCUUCUGCUGGAGUCAGGACAACCUCUGUCGUUAGAUGUCAUUGCUGCAUGCUUGGGUACGAGCAUCAUGGGGAUGGAAAGACUUCUGGAUGCCUGCGUGGGAUUGAAGCUUUUGGCAGUAGAGCUGAGACGAGAAGGAGCCUUCUACAGAAACACAGAAAUUUCCAAUAUCUACCUUACGAAGUCAAGUCCCAAAUCUCAGUAUCAUAUUAUGAUGUAUUACUCCAAUACCGUCUACUUGUGCUGGCACUACCUGGCUGAUGCUGUGAGAGAAGGAAGAAAUCAAUAUGAAAGAGCUUUUGGCAUUUCAUCUAAAGACCUCUUUGGAGCCAUGUACAGAUCAGAAGAAGAAAUGCUGAAGUUCUUGGCUGGCCAGAACUCAAUCUGGAGCAUAUGUGGCAGAGAUGUACUUACUGCAUUUGACCUUUCCCCUUUCACACAGAUUUGUGACCUGGGAGGUGGUGGAGGAGCUUUGGCCCAAGAAUGUGUUUUCUUGUAUCCAAAUUGCACAGUCACAAUUUAUGACCUGCCCAAAGUUGUACAAGUGGCCAGAGAGCGAUUGGUUCCUCCGGAGGAGCGACGGAUUGCCUUCCAUGAAGGAGAUUUUUUUAAAGAUUCUAUCCCCGAAGCUGACCUCUACAUUUUAUCAAAGAUACUGCAUGACUGGGAUGAUGAGAAAUGCAGGCAGCUGCUGGCAGAAGUCUAUAAGGCCUGCAGACCUGGUGGUGGAGUGCUGCUGGUUGAAUCUCUCCUGAAUGAUGACAGAAGUGGACCCGUGGAAACCCAGCUGUAUUCACUGAACAUGUUGGUGCAGACAGAAGGAAAGGAGCGAACAGUGGCUGAGUACAGUGAGCUCCUUGGGGCAGCUGGCUUCAGGGAGGUUCAAGUCAGGAGAACCAGAAAACUCUAUGAUGCUGUUCUGGGGAGGAAAUGAUAGUGUCUUCUUUAUUCUGUAUUACUAAGUACACAUGGGGAAAUGUGAUAUUCUUUUCCUAGAGGGCCAUUAUAUGUUUAGCUUUUGUUGAAGGCAGUCAACUUUUCUGUUAGCUGAUACAUUGUCAGGAAAAUCAUUAAUAAUACACUUUUGGCAUGGAUAGGUUGUGAAUUCAGCAGCCUGACUAUGGUUUGCCUUUGGAUCUGAAUAGCAGAGGGAGAAAUCCAUACCCAUUCCACAAUAAAUUACCCAUGAAAGAAAUGUGCGGUGUUGCUGCUAACCACUUUACAUAUAUUUCUUCUUUUUAUUUUUAUCUUAAGUUUAACAGAGUACCUGACAAAAGCAAAGCUGAAUUUUCAUUUGUGGAUUCCUGAAAAAUAAAACUGACCACUGUACUGAACUCUGUUAUAUGCCUUUUUUUUUAUUCCUUGGAACCAAGAUAGUAUAGGACAACGAUAUUGUCUUCUUGUGGUUUAUCUUGUCUGAGUUUCAAGAGAAAAAUCUCUGUGAGCUUUGGUGAUUUUUAGCAUGUAAAAUGAUUUUUUUAUUUAUUAAAUUUCCUCUAGAUUUGUGUUGAAAUUGAGAGAGAGAGCUCUGUAGUCUAUCUUGAUGAUUAUCUGAAACCUGAUGAUGUUCUUUAAUGAAGGAGUGGUGAGGUGCUGAAGCAGGUUGCCCAUAGAGGCUGUGUUUGCUCUGAUUCUGGAGGUAUUCAAGGCUAGGCCAGAUGCUCCUCCAUUUCUGUGAUCAUUUAUUUAUUUAUUUAUUUAUUUAUCUAUCUCCUGUACAAUAACAACAUCAUCAGAUUCCCUGAAUGUUAUUGCCAUUAUUUUUAGCAUCUUGCCCAUUUCUUUCAGCAUGGUUUUCAACAGUCCAUUGUACUGUUCAAUUCUGUGAGAAGCCAUGGGCAAUCUGAUCCAGUA